AGCAUCAGCCUGUAAUAUAUUGUAUCAGUAUUUCGUUGAGUCAUUUCUCCGUCCUCAUAAGGGAGGAGACCGUGUGUAUGCGCUCGCUCGUGAAAGCGUUGCGCGCCAAUUGCUUCUCUUCUCUUCGUGAACCCUUUUUUAAUACCAGUACCCCACCUCGCUGUGUUUAUUCCGCCCGCAGCUUCACCACAACACCGCCCCACCACCGUUUUCAAGUCCCCAAGCGGAAGCAGCAGAUCGUCGACAUGGCGCCUGAAAUGACGACCCUCAAGGGCAAAGCCUUUGAUCGGGCCUCGCUCGAGUCUCUUAUGAGGCGGCGCAUGUUCUACACCCCUUCGUUCGAUAUCUACGGUGGUGUUUCCGGCCUCUACGACUACGGUCCUCCAGGCAGUGCCUUGACCAAUAACAUCAUUGACGUGUGGCGGAAACACUUUGUGCUGAAGGAAAACAUGCUUGAAGUGGACUGCACCAUGUUGACCCCGCACGAUGUCCUCAAGACUUCCGGCCACGUAGACAAGUUCGCCGACUGGAUGUGCAAGGACCCCAAGACCGGCGAGAUCUUCCGCGCAGACCAUCUUGUCGAGGAAGUACUCGAAGCGAGGAUCAAGGGCGACAAGGAGGCACGUGGCGAGAAAAUCGAGUUGGAAGAAGAAGACCCGAAAAAGAAGAAGAAGAAGGUCAAGAACAUUGCUGCAGUCAAGUUGGACGAUGCCGUGAGGGACGAGUACAAGGAGGUUCUCAACAAGAUCGACAACUACAACGGCGAAGAACUCGGUCUGCUCAUGAAGAAGUACGAUAUUCGCAACCCCGCCAACAACAGCGAGCUCACGCCUCCUGUUGCAUUCAACCUCAUGUUCCAGACCUCGAUUGGUCCCUCCUCCAACCUGCCCGGCUACCUGCGCCCAGAAACCGCCCAGGGCCAGUUCCUCAACUUCGCAAAGCUCCUCGAGUUCAACCAGCAACAAAUGCCCUUCGCGUCCGCAUCCAUCGGCAAGUCUUUCCGUAACGAGAUCUCCCCGCGUCAGGGCCUGCUACGUGUGCGAGAGUUCUUGAUGGCAGAAAUCGAGCAUUUUGUGGAUCCCGAAGGCGGCAAGAAGCACCCUCAUUUCGAUGAGGUCAAGGACGUUGAGCUUGAGCUUCUCAACCGCGAAGUGCAGCUUUCUGGCAAGGCUGACGUCGACACCACACCCAUUGGCAAGGCCGUCGAGACUGGUCUCGUCGACAAUGAGACUCUUGGCUACUUUCUUGCGCGCAUUCAGCUUUUCCUUCUCAAGAUUGGUGUUGACCCCAAGAAGAUUCGUUUCAGGCAGCACAUGGCUAACGAGAUGGCUCAUUACGCGGCGGAUUGUUGGGACGCCGAACUGUUGACCUCUUACGGCUGGAUCGAAUGCGUGGGCUGCGCCGACCGUAGUGCGUACGAUCUGUCUGUUCACAUGAAGAAGACUGGCGCUCCUCUUGUGGUCCGAGAACCCCGCAAGGAGCCCCUCAAGAUUGAAGAAUGGCAGUGCGACCUUGACAAGAAGAAGUUUGGUCCUAAGUUCAAGAAGGAUGGCAAGACCGUGGAAGCUGCCAUUGAUGCUCUCUCCCAGGAUCUGCGCGAGAAGUUGUCACUGGAUUUGCAAAAGGAUGGCAAGAUCACAAUCGAUGUUCCUGGUGUCGGUGACGGCAAGGUCGAGGUGCCCAAGGAGCUGAUCACCAUCGAGAAGCGAACACGAGUAGAGAACGUGAGGGAGUACACACCCAAUGUUAUCGAGCCGUCAUUUGGUAUUGGUCGAAUCUUCUAUGCGUUGUGCGAACAUUCUUACUGGACGCGCGAGCAGGACGAAGCGCGUGGUGUACUCUCCUUCCCUCCCACGGUUGCUCCUACCAAGGUUCUGAUUGUGCCGCUGAGCUCGCACGCCGACUUCAAGCCGUUUGUGCGCAAGUUGAGCAACAAGCUUCAGGACAUCGGCGUCUCCAACCGAGUGGACGAUUCCGGGGCCUCCAUCGGCAAACGUUAUUCCCGUAACGAUGAGCUCGGCACCCCCUUGGGCAUCACUAUCGACUUCCAAUCUGUCAAAGACAAUACCUUCACACUGCGAGACCGAGACUCGACUGAACAGGUGCGUGGCGGCCUGGAUGAGAUUUGCACGGCUAUUUCCGGCCUAGUGGAGGGUAGGGAGAAGUGGGCAGACAUUUCUAAGCGACUACCCAAGUUUGAGGGCCAGGAGGAAGGAGUUGGUCCCUCCUGAGGAGGCGCUCUCGAUGGCGGCGUUCUUAGACAUGGAACAUGAACGAGCGAUAUCAUGGAGAAGGGGUAUGUCGGGGCAGUUUCUGCAGAUGUACAGUAACGAGAUGACUCCAAAUACCCUGUACUUCUCAGGAUAGACGAGGAAGGUCAAUGAUAUUAGAAGACAUGUUCUGAGACUGCAACCAAGUGACAAU